AUGAUCUUCUCUGCCCUUUUGAAUCAAGAACACGAACACUUUUCUUUCUUCUCAAGACAAGAUCCUGAAGGAGGACUAGUAACCUCUUGGGGCGGGGCCACGACAACAGCUAAGGCCCAGGAUGAAAACUCUUUGCUCUUGUUGGGCCUCCUCAUUAGAACACUAUUAAAAAGUUUUUUCCUUCAAAAUCAAUCUGCAAAAUCUAGGGUUUUGAAUUUCUCCAUUUGUGUGCUCGAGCUCGACGCCAACGCAAGAAGAAUAAUGGGUCACUCGAACAUCUGGAACUCGCAUCCUAAACUAUACGGACCUGGUUCUCGAACUUGCCGUGUAUGUGGUAACUCGCAUGGACUUAUCAGAAAGUAUGGGCUCAUGUGCUGCAGACAGUGCUUCCACAGCAAUGCCAAGGAAAUUGGCUUUAUUAAGUAUCGUUGAUUAAUGGAUGGUGGAACGAUCAAAGGUUGCAAUUUUCAAGCAGAAGCAUGUUAUGAAGACUGAAGUAGCUGUCAGUAAUCUUUUAGCCUUGAAAAUUUGGCAUUAUUAUUUCUAAACUAAUGUUAUGUCUAGUGUAAGACUUUGUUGAUGAAGUUUGGUAAGAAUUGUUUUAAUUUAACCGUUUUUCUUUACACAUUUUUAACGCCACAACAAUCAAAUUUAACCUAAAGUCUUAAAAUUGAACUGAUCAAAAACCUUUGAUUUUCAAUCUGUCUUCAUACUCUGUAAAUGUUCAAAAACCUUCUUUUAGUUCUUAUCAUGUUUUAAUUGUGUUUUCUUUUUCAUAUUGGUAAAGCAAAAUGUGACGUGUUGUGUUGUAUUCGUG